UACUUAUAUCCAAAAUGGCGGUCGUAGGUUCAUUGACGAAGGGAACGGGUGAAGUUUUAGAAUUUAGACAUGUACUUCUUUCAUCUCAACACUCUCAAGGAAGAAAGGAAGAUUUUGAAAGUCUAGUCCACUCCUUAAAGAAACUUCAACAGGAUGUUAACUCUUGUUUAACGGAAAUCAUUGAACAGGAAAAGACAUCAGAAACAAACCAGGCCUCCAAAAACCGUGAGUAAAAUUUUAGAUUAAGUAACAUCUUCAAACCGAAACCUUCGAGUUCAUCCAGUUGCAGAGAGAGAAAAUAAAAAUCCUUCAUUUGAUGCAGGAAGCUCUCUCUCCAUUUACAACUAUCUCUAACUCUCUUAGGGAUUUUUUUUGCUCGAGCUUGCAGUUAAUACAAGGGUAAAGGAGUUUUCUCACACAUCGUGUUAAUGAUACCAACGCAUAAUUUCCGUUUUGUGAUACAGAAACAACUGAAGACGAUGACCCGGAUGACAGCGAAGAUGACUUGGAAGAUCUAGAUACCACAGAGAAGCAAAACGGAGCGAUACAAGAGCCACAGUUGAAGAAGUUAAGAACGUAGCUUGUUGAGGAUUUUGUAGUAGUCUUACUGGCACAGCUGGCCUCGAAGGGGAAGAAGCAACAUGAGGAGAAAAGGCAGCUUAUGCAAUCGAGUAUGCUAUGCACAUAACACUCUGAUUGGAUGAAAGUAUAUGAAGAUAAAGUUUUUUUAAUGGAACAUGUCAAGAAUUGAAUGUCAUUUGAAGAAUUAAAUCCUUGAGAACGACCACUAUCUCAACCAAUCGCAACUUGGGCACUCGCGUUUUCCUGCGCUUUAGGCAGCUACCCUAUGCUGAUUAAUAACUAUAGUCUUCUGAUUGGUUAUUGUAAUUACCUGGUUUUGAUUUUACUAAGAGAUUAUAGUCUCUUGGUUUUAGGAUACUUAAUCGAAAAGCGCUCUAGUUAACUAUCCUAUGGACAAUUGCUUUCAAAUGCGCGUGGAUUUGAUUACAGACACACCUAGCCGCUGACCUGUAACACAACAAAUGGUUGGUGUUGGUGAUCUGUUUGAAUAAUUAUGCGCUAAAAUUUCGUGAUCAACAGAAUGAUUUUCUUCGCGUGUGGCCAGCUAACAGAGUCAUUUCCAAAAUGAGCACGCCCAUUGUCAAAAGGUUUGGUACAUUUUGAGACUGUUGAAAAGGUUCACUUACUCUUAGUAAUCUCAAAACAGGGUACAAGUGUCUUUUUUGGAGAUAAAAAUUGUGCAGUUUCAGAAGUAUAUUUCUCCCUUAGGCAUGAUGUAACCUGCAAUGUAUUUUGUUGUUCAAGGUGAACUAAAGAUGCUUUUUCCAGCUAAACUGUCAGCUCUGUGACUUGUCCAAGGCCUUUUUCUAAUCAAAAAUCCCACCAUUGAGACUCUCCUUUAGUCACAUGGCAAGAUGACCGCGUAUUUGUUCGUUACCCUCCUCAUAGUCUGUCCGAUAGUCUGAGACUUGUUUUGUCCUCUUGAAUCAAGAGAGCUUGAUUAAGGCUAAGCAGCCACACUCCCUUUGUUACGAAAAAGACCAAGGCAAAAUUUUUUCAUCUAGGUCUAUUUUAUAUCAAUAAUUGUUUCGCAAAUAAAAAUCAGAACGUUGUCUCUUCUAAUUUGCAUGAUAGAACUGCACUCAAUAGGCGUCUUCUCAUAACGUGCGAAAUCUUGUGUUUUACGUUAAUCGCC